AUGGUCCGACGACGACGAAAACGGCGGGAUCACGCUUCCCCUGCAGCUUCCUUGGCUUCCUUGACAGCAUAUGCCAUCCUGCUGUCUUUUUCGAUCUCCCCCACCGUUGCCGCCGCCGCCGCCGCCGUGGCGCAUGCCCCCCGACGGCAAAAGCUUCAGCCUAUAGACGAAACCCCGUCAGGCGGCGGCGGCGGCGGCAUCGGAGGCAAAGGAUGGCACACAGCCCGCAGUAGCUGGAUCGAUGCCGACGAGGGAGAGCUGGAGGCCGAAGAACGGAACUCCAGAUGUAUCAACGGAGACGGUGAAGGGGCCUGCAGCGCUAACGGAGGAGGCAAUGGCAACAAGGGUGUUCGGAGCAACGGCAAGCCAUGGGACGGGCAGGCUUGGGGCGUACCCGCUCCCGCGCUGGAGCCGUCGUGCCACCUGUCGGAUAGGUCAUCGGAUGCUUAUCCCGGCGCGGUCAAGACGAUAGGCGGUACGGUGCCGGACAUCCUUCAGGAUUCAUCGUGGUGUGCCGGUGGCGAAGACUGCGUGCUUCCUCCGGCAACAGGGGCUGGCAACAAGAAGGAGGCGGUAAGAGGAGGAGGCGUGGGUGGCAGUCAGGAAGGCACCGGUAGUUGCAUCGAUGCCGCUGGUGCCGGCGGCGGCGGCGACGACGACGGAGAAGCGGCGGCAUGCCGAGGAGAAUCAUCUAUCCCAGGGGAUGCGGGCCGGGUGCCGGAUGACGAGGCGCGGGCGUCGUCUAGCGGAGAAGGCCCUCCCAGGCGCGACGGACGAUUCACCACGACAGCUGCGGCUUCUCUUGCUGAUUUCACCACCGCCGGACCAAAAGAACAGCAGUCCAGACUCGUCGACGGCUACGCAACAAUCGCCACGGCUGCCUAUCCGCAGUCCAGACCACCAUCCACCACGGAGCAGAGUAGCUUGCCCACCGAAGCCCGGCCUACCGUAGCAACAGAACGGCCUCCCCAGCAAGAGCAAAGAGGGCCGUUGGUGAAGGGACAGGGUGCGAACACCAACACCCGGGACAGGGAUACCGGCGGUGUAAAACACCCGGGCGCUACGGCUGUAGUCCACGGGGAUGGAAGGACCGGUGCAACCGAUGAGGGUGCCAGGGCGGAGGAGCCAACACCAGGCCGGUGGAAUCGCCACGCGAAGGUCGGUCCUACUGGUGGUAGCAAGGGAAAAGGGCGGCGUGAGAGAGAGUUGCCUGCAGGAACCGGCGGGGGAGGGAGCGGAAGUGAGAAGCGGGGCGGGGGGGGGGGGGUGUUAGAGACCGCCAUCGUUGGCGGCAAGGCGUGGCCUUCGUGGAGAGCGUUCGCGUGCAUCUUGCUGCUGAGCGCGCUUGUUUUGGGCACAUUCCUGCGAGGAAGCAUACCGCAUUGGCUACCGUUCUUCGGCGGAGACCGCCGUCAGCGCUGGGCGAUAGACCUCGACUCGGCCAUCGCGCACGCCCGCUCCCGCGCCGGCAGCUUCUGCUCGGGCAGGGCCAGCGUGUUCUCGGGGGACCCCGUGGACGAUUCCGACCUACCGGACCUGAUUUCGGAUAGCGAAGAGGGAGAAGACGGCAACGGUGACCAGGGCGUGGUGCCGGGAGAUGAUGAUGGAGAGACCCCCCUGAUGUGGGACAGGAGGCCGAAGCCUGACGACUACCUGGUUUUCCACCCCGUGCUAGGGGUCGUGCCGGCGGGAGUCGUGCGUGCCUGGGGCGGUGACGGCUGCGGGGGUUGGGGCGGUGUGCGUGCGGAGGCGGCCGGGGCGAGGGUGGGAGGGACCAACGGGGGGACUGGCGGUAAAGGUUGUGGGUGCUCCUCCAAGUCUUCGUCACCAAGGAGCGCUCUCGCGCCCGCGGCGGUGUCGUCGAAGGCGAUCGCGGUGGCUGGUGUGGUCAAGGGGAAACAGCUGCCUCCGGACGAAUGGCCCGAGUGGCUGGCGAUGAUGGAGUUCGACUUGGUUCAGUGGCGUUCUGGAGCUUCUUUGGCUCGGGUUGACCAUGAUCCUCGCGUCCAGGAGUUGUGGUUGGGGGAUUGGCCGGGCAACACGCAGCAACUUCGGCUUUCGACAGCAUGUAGCUUUGGCCUAGCGUAG